GGUUUGUGUCGGGUUGGUCCGGUUUCACCGGUUUGGUGCGGAAGCGGAAUCGUCCGUGGUGGCAUUAGCGUUGUUUCUCUUCGCCAUUACGGAAGUGAUAUUGGGUUGAUAACUGAUGAAGAAGAAAUCAUAACAAGUUCAGAACUGCUCCCUCGUUUUCUUACUCAGAAAUCUUAAAUUCUAGCUCACCACUCUACUCUCUACUGAUCUAAAACAGGAACCCGAAAAAUCAGAAAUCCAAAAUGGCCGACAACGAAGAACUCCAAGAGGAGCCAUGGGAGGAACGAACCCUCAAUCUCCUCCACGACUCCAAUAUCGACCAAGAGCUUUCUGCGACGAAAUCCCGCAAAAGGGGACGAAAGAAACACAGUAUGAAAUGGAUGAAAACCCCAAUGGCCAUCCCUGAAGUCAUUGUGGAGCUUCAAGAGCAAGAACUUCGAGAGACCGCUCUUAGAUGCCUCAGUUCAUUCCUCGUAGAGAAAAGGGAAGAAGAUCCAGAAAACUACAGCAGAACCGGAUACUUCUUGUACAACUCUUGUGGCACAGUGGCCAUAUUGUUGCAGGAGGUGAUCAUGUUCUAUGGAAAGAUGAUGGAUGGUAGUCUCAAUGUUAGAUCUGCCAAGCGGCUUGCUAAUGUUCUUACCCUACUUCAGAGUAUUGCUGCUAAUCCUGAAACAAGGCAGAACUUUGUAAAUUCUUGUUUUCCCAACUACCUAAUUCUUUUAGUACUCUUUGAGACCCAAUUGGAGGUAUAUGAGAUUGUCCGAGCGAUGGCACUGUCUGUUGUUGGCAUCUUAUGCCAGGCUAGAGAACCGAAGAUCAUUCAGUGGGCAAUCAAAAAUGAUAUGGUGGAAGUAUGUCGGGUUUCAAUACAGAUUGGGAAUGAAUUAUCCAAAGUGAUUGCAAUGCACAUUCUUGAAGCCAUACUACAAGAUUGGUCAGGCAUAUCUUACAUUUGUAGUCCAACCCGUGAUAAACUUCUUAAAGGAUUAAUGGAAACGUUGGCACGUCUGGUUGCUUAUUUGGCUGAGGAUCAAGAUUUUUCUCCACGACUUCUUUUUCACAUUCUGAGAUGCUCUUUUCUUCUCUGUCGGCAUAGGAGGGGAUAUAACAUUGUGAUGGACAACCUUCCAGUUCAGAUCAUGGAUGUUUCAUUCCAGGACUUGUUGGAAUUCCCUGUCAUUCAAUGUUUGCUUGACCAACUUUCCCUGGCCGUCGGCAAAAUUGAGAAAUGCUUCCCGAUUUCUUCGCUACAUAACUUUCUAGAAUGGAAGCAUGCAGAGCCUUUAUGUCAUUGAAGAGAUGGCUUUCACCAUCAUCCCACUUGGAGUGGUGUUACCAGUCCAAGGAGAGUGGAAAUUGGAAAUGCAACUCUGCAAGACACACUAGCUUUUGUUUUUUUAGUACUUUGUAGAUAAUCAAGCAAUUUGGAGUCGGACUACUGUUUUUUGGUUUACCAAUUUGGAGUCUGUAUUUGAUGAUUUUCUGCAAUCUUGUAAAAUGCACCUGUUCUCACACCUUGUACUCUGUAGAUAAUCGAGCAAUUUUGUUUUCUUC